CUGGAGCAGGCAAAGUCUUGUGUGCCUCGCCAAGCCACGCCUUCCAGUACUCUGCGCUGACUGGGCGGCGAGAAAUGAGGGGACCCAAUCAGAAAUUGGACACGCGGGGCUCGCUGGAACGUCAGACAGCUCUAGCAGCUCGCAGUCCACUUCCCUGGUGCUUGGGAGCGGGGACGCUGGCCAGACGUGGGAUCGUACGGAGCGGUCAGAAUCUGUGCCAUUCAUUCCAAGAUUUGGAGUCCUUUGUACACGAAGAAAAAAGGCAAACACACAAUGGAGAAUGGAGCCAAUCAGCAAACACAGGCCCCGGCCAAACCUGCUUUCACUGAUGCCCAAGCCUCCGCAUUGGUAGAAUCAAUAUUUGGGUUAAAAGUGUCAAAGAUCCAGCCACUUCCGAGCUAUGAUGACCAAAACUUUCAUGUUCACAUCUCAAGAACCAAAGACACUACAGAUGGCCCUGCUGAAUAUGUCCUCAAAAUAAGCAACACUGAGACCAGCAAAAACCCAAACCUGAUUGAAGCACAAAAUCUCGUCAUCAUGUUUCUGAAGGCAGCUGGGUUUCCAACAGCAUCCGUGUGUCACACUAAAGGGGACAACAUGACCUCUCUGGUAUCCGUAGAUAACAGCUCCAAAACCAGGAGCCACUUGGUGAGGCUUCUGACGUUCCUCCCUGGCAGACCUGUAGCCCAGACGCCCAUCAGCCCCCAGCUCUUAUACGAAAUCGGGAGGCUGGCUGCCAAGUUGGAUAAGACACUCGAGACCUUCCAUCAUCCAAAGUUAGGGAGCCUUCGUCGGGACAACUUCAUCUGGAAUCUGAAAAACAUUCCCCUUCUGGAGAAAUACCUGGACGCUUUGGGCCAGAACCGAAACCGUGAGAUUGCUGAACAAGUCAUUCAGCUGUUCAAGGAGGAAGUGUUGACCAAGCUAAGUCAGUUUCGAGAAUGCAUCAAUCAUGGCGAUCUUAACGACUAUAACAUUUUAGUUCAGCCCAGCGAGUCAGCCUCUGGAGAUGCUGUGUACCAAGUGUCUGGCGUUUUAGACUUUGGCGACAUGAGCUAUGGCUGCUAUGUUUUUGAAGUGGCGAUCACCAUCAUGUACAUGAUGAUUGAGAGCAAGAACCCCCUGCAAGUCGGAGGCCACGUCCUGGCUGGGUUCGAAAGUGUCAUCCCGCUGACCACUGUAGAGAGAGGUGCUUUGUUCCCACUCGUGUGCAGUCGUUUCUGUCAGUCGCUUGUCAUGGCUGCCUACUCUUGCCAACUGCACCCAGACAACAGAGAGUAUCUCAUGAUUACUGCAAAAACUGGGUGGAAACACUUACAGCAAAUGCUUGACAUGGGCCGGAAAGAGGUUGAGGGAAUCUGGUUUGAUAUUGCCAGGUCCUAUGAGGCUGGGGGCUCCAUGUGACUGGGAAAGAGUUCACAUUCACUAAGCAAAUGCCAUGGGGCCAAAUCAAAGUUUGUGAGGGAGGUUCCUGCAUAGAGAAAAAGGAAUUAAUGGAACAGAUCUGUUCUGAAUGUCGCAGAGCACAUGAAACCUCUAAAGCAGUGAUGGCAAACUUAUGGCACACAUAAUGUGUUUUUCGUUUAUGACAAAAGAUGUUAAUGUAAGAGUUGUUUUUUCUAAUCUAAAACCUCAGUAUUCAGGUUUAAUUGCAGUGUUGGCACUUGGUGAUACAUAAGUGGGUCUUGGGUUGCAGUUUGGGCACUUGGUCUUUAAAAGGUUUGGCAUCACUUUUCUAAGGUCUUCAAGAGAUCGCAGGACCAUUUUUUUUUUUUUUGAGACAAGGUCUUGCCCUGUAAUUCAGACUGCCUUGAACUCUCUGUGUAGCCCAAGCUGGCCUUGAAUGCACAGCAAUCCUCCUGUCUCAGCCUCCUGAGUGCUGGGACUAUGGGCAUGUGCCACCACGCCCAGCCUCAGGACCACUUUUGAAUUUAAGAAUUUAGUUCUCCGUGGGGGUACAUGCCUUGGGAGUGAAAUUCACAUAGUGAUACUGGAUUCUGAAUCAGAUCAUCUCUCAAUAUCUAUCCCAGCUUUUCGAUCAAUGACUGUUUUAAACUUUGAAAGGAAAGUACACAUGUAUGUAUAUAAAUAGAUUCACAUAUUAUAAAUAAUUGGACAUAAAUGCAGAUUUGGCUAACAUAUCACCAAUUCUAUGAAAUUGCUCUCUCCUUUCUAGACUCUCAGUGCAUUCUUCCUUUUUCACGCCAUUGCUCUGGGUACUGGAUUAUGCUUGUGCAGCCAUCUAACCCAAGAGCUAUGUGAUCAUGCGAGAGAUAAUGAAGAACUUACUUUUGUCUCCUCAUCCCUUCUUCUCACACCUGUGGUAGUACCUUUCUUUACCAGAGAAAGGUCUUCAGAUGUAUGUAUUUGCAAAAUGAAUGCAAGAAGAAAGGCUGGAGGAAACACAGAUGAUGUAAUCAUAUGAGAAAAAAAGUUCAGCUCUUUAAGCGGGUGAUUGAAACUGGAACUCCCAAAGUAGGUGCUGGAAGACAGGACAGCUGCAAGGAAGCACAUGAAGACCUCCAAUUAAGGUCACUAAUUUACUCAGAGCCAGGGCUGCGAUCAGAUCUUCAGUGCAGCCCAUGCUCCUCCGAACCACUGCAAAAUCUUACUCAACUGACUUCCUCUGCUUCCAUCCGCCCUCCACACACACAGACACACACACUUACACACAUGUCAGGGGAACCAGUGAGAUCACUCACACUUCUCAAAUUUAAGGGAUUGUGGUUUUUAUCUAACUUGACCAUAAAGAAAAACUACAGACCAGGAAAAUGGACUGAAGUUUGGAUUUCACUCUCAAAUCAGUGUUCAUUCUCCUUUGUAAUGAAUCCCUCUUGAUUGUUGCUAUGGUUUAGAUCUAAACUGUCCCCCCAAAGCCUUGUGUGUGGAAGGUGAUUGGAUCAUGGCGGUGCCUCAUGCAUCAGUGGAUUCAUUGAUGAGUUCAGUAGCAGACUGUGUUGUCAGCAGGUGGAGCCUGGGUGGAGGUGGUCACUGGGGCAGGACUAGGGUGAGUACAUUCUUGUCCCCAGCUCUCUUUCCUUCCUGGCUGCCAGGGGUUUAACAGCUUUCCUCCAGCAGGCCCUUCCACCAUGGUAUUUUUGUCUUGGAGCCAGCCAACCAUAGACUGAAACUAUAAGGCAAAAUAAAUCUCACUUUCUUUAAGUUGUGGAUGUUGGGUAUUUUGUCCCAGUGACAGAAAAGUAACUAAGACAAUUACUCAUGCUAACCUGGAUUCCUUUCAUUGAAUUCCUGAUACAAAUAUUGCUGAUCACUACUUUAAGAUUCAUCUAUCCUUCAUUCCUUCCUUCCUUUUUGUUGAUACUGGGGAUUGAACCCAGGACCUUUGCACUGAGCUAUAUCCUCAGCCCUAUAUUCUUCUUUUAUUUUGAAACAGGUUCUUCCUAAGUUGCCAGGGUGGGUUUGAACUUGUGAUCUUCCUGCCUCCACCUCCCAGUAUGCUGGGAUUACAAGUGUGCACCCAUUCCUGGCUCUAUUUCAGCAUACAUGCUACAUUGAAUUGAUAUUUUACUGUUUGGGGUUUGUUCUAGCAGAUCUUUAAUCAUCAGUUCCAGUUUCAUAAAUUCUUUCAGGAGCUACCUCCUGAGGGAAACCAAAUCUGUCACUGCCUGUUCUUAAAACUGUGUCCAUAAAUACAAUAAAUACCUGUAUUAGAUCUAA